GCGCGCUCUUUCCGACCGCGGCGUCCCGGGAGGCCGCGGGACACCCACCUGUCCCCGCUCUCGAGCGCCCCUCGGCGUCGCGUCCUGUGGGGACUUUGCUGUUGCCAUUGGAAGUUGGGACCUGGAAGGCCGGGUCCUCGGGGCGGCGGUCGCCUGGCGCCGGGGAUUUUGUCAGAGUCGCCACAGGUGCUUCCUGAGCUGCCCGCCCGCAGCUCUGGCUGAGGACCUGCUUGUAGCUGAGAGCAGGCAUGGCCUCGAGCUUUCCCUCUCCUGCCUUCUCUCCUGUCGCUCUCGAGCCUUCUGACCCAGCGCGGGCUUCUCCCUUCCCCGAGCCUCUGCGUCCACGCCGGAAAAAUGGGUAUAAACCCGUUGCAUCGAUUGUGAGAAGUGAUGUCCUUAGCACCGUGUUUGACACGGUUGCUCUGCUGUGCUCCAUCACCUUCUCCUAAAGAUGCAUCCUGACUUAUCUCCACACUUGCACACUGAAGAAUGCAACGUCUUGAUUAACUUACUUAAGGAAUGUCACAAAAAUCACAGCAUUCUGAAAUUUUUUGGUCAUUGCAAUGAUCUUGAUCGGGAGAUGAGAAAAUGCUUGAAGAAGGAGUACAUGGAAAAGAGGACCAAGAGCAGGGAGCUUGGCAAUGCGAUGCGAAAGAGACUUUCAAAUCCUCCAGAGGAAUCUGAAACAUAAAUUAUAUUAUCACUGGAUGCCUUGGCUGAGAGAAGAUGUGAAGACUUGGUUGAUAAAACCAAAAGAAUUCUAUCUCAUUUGGUCUCCAGAAUCUUUUGAAUAGCAAGUGACCCAUGAGAAAUCGAGGCAUGGAGAAAUACAGAAACCCUGGAUUCAGAAUAUUUUUUGGGCAGAGCCUUUAGUACUCUGAUUCCUUUACCAACACACCUGACUUUUAAUAUGUUUCUUUCCUUUGCCUGCAGCCAUUUAACAUUUGAGUAAUUUAUCACCCUCAAUAAAAUAAUUGAUUUUUAGCAUA